AUGGCCAUAUUCAAACUAACAUACAACUCAACAACACGUCAACUAAUAAUUCCUGCGUGCGCGUCUUGGAAAACAAUUCAGUUAAAGAUUCGGACAAUAUUCGGCAUAUCGAACGACAAUUGCAUUUACAUUUCUUUUGUAGAUCCGGAGACGCAAACCCGUAAAAUUAUAAAGUCCGUUUCGGAACUGAAAAAUGCUGUAAAUACAAAGUCUUCAGGGUCAGCGUUAUCCCAAGGCUUGAAAUCAACGUUGGGUGGUGGUAGCAGUAGUGCUGUAAAGUUGUUGACCUUGACGGUUACUACCGAGAUACCUGAUGAAUUCAGAGAGGAAUUGAAGGGUAUUAUCAAUAAAAAUGAACAAUCAGAACAAGAACACCGUCCGGGAGUAAUUCGUCGAAUAGCCACAUUUGGAAUCCCACAAUGUAAUGGUCAAAACAAUAUGAAUAACGAUGGUAAAAGUGUUGUUGCCGACCAUUUCUGUACUGGUGAUGGCUUUCUGCGUCAUCUGGUCUUGGGAGACUAUUAUUGCUACGCUUGA